AUGGCCAUCGCCAUGGGCUGGCACAAGCCCGACAAUGUCGCUGGCUCGUCGGCGCCGGCGAUCAUGGUCGGCCUCUUUGUCGCUUCUGGUGGCCUUCUGUUUGGCUAUGAUACGGGGGCCAUCAAUGGCAUUCUCGCCAUGAACGAAUUCAAGGAAAAGUUUGGCACGUGUAGAAAUCAGCCCGACAGAGACGACAUCUGCGCCAAGGACUCGGCCCUCAUCGUCGCUAUUCUCAGCGUGGGCACAGCAAUCGGGGCCCUCCUCGCCGCUCCCGCCGGUGACAUGCUUGGUCGACGACGGAGCAUGCUCCUUGCUGUUGGCAUCUUUUGUAUUGGCGCUAUUUGCCAGGUCUGUGCCGAGGCAUUACCAGCCUUGUUGGUCGGAAGAGCCCUGGCUGGACUCGGCGUUGGUGCUGUGUCGGUCCUUGUUCCACUGUAUCAAUCAGAAAUGGCUCCGAAAUGGAUUCGUGGUACUCUGGUUUGCGCCUACCAGCUCUCCAUCACUUUAGGGCUCCUAGGUGCAUCCAUCAUCAACAUUGCCACCUCCAAAAUCCACUCAUCUGCCGCUUACCGAAUUCCCCUUGGCCUUCAACUUGUUCCCGCUCUCAUUCUCACCGCUGGCCUUAUGCUCCUCCCCGAAACUCCCCGAUUCUUGGUCAAGCAAGGCAAGAAAGACGCUGCCGGUCUUUCACUCAGUCGUCUUCGACGUCUCGACAUCACUCACCCGGCUCUUAUUGACGAACUCCAGGAAAUCGUCGCUAAUCACCAGUACGAAUUGAGCCUGGGCCCAGACACCUACAAGGAGAUCUUUGUAGGCUCUCCUCAUCUAGGACGGCGAACGUUGACGGGAUGUGGUAUUCAAAUGCUUCAACAGCUUACUGGAAUCAAUUUCAUCAUGUACUACAGCACCACGUUUUUCGGCGGUUCUGGCGUUGACAGCCCCUAUACCAAGUCGCUCAUCAUUCAAAUCAUCAACGUUGUGUCUACAUUUGUCGGCGUCUUUGUCAUCGAGUCCUGGGGUCGGCGAAGGCUGCUCAUUGUAGGCGCCAUUGGUAUGGCUUGCUGCCAGCUGCUCAUGGCAUCAUUUGCCGCCGCCGCUGGUGAAAGCCUUAAAUCAGCCUCCGCUACAAUACUCAUUGUAUUCUGCUCCAUCAACAUCUUCUUCUUCGCAUCCUCUUGGGGCCCCGUGGCAUGGGUCGUCACAUCGGAGAUUUAUCCUCUCAAAGUUCGCGCAAAAUCAAUGUCUAUUUCAACAUUUUCCAACUGGGUGCUCAAUUUCGGCAUCGGAUACAGUACACCGUUCAUGAUAGGGAGUGGUCCGGGCACUGCUGGUUUUGGAACCAAGAUUUUCUUCAUCUGGGGGACUUUUUGCAUUCUCGCAGUCAUUUUUGUAUGGGCCAUGGUCUAUGAAACGAGCAAAAUCAGUCUGGAACAGAUCGACGAGAUGUACGAACGAGUGGACCAUGCCUGGCACAGCAGACAAUUCGAGCCAAGCUGGAGCUUCCAGCAACUGCUUGACGAAGGAUGGUCGGCCAGCGCGCAGCCUCCUCCAGAUCACGAGCUACAAACAACAUCUUCACAAUCAAGCGCUGAUACCACGCUCGGUGAUUCAAACUCAGUCACCAUCCACAAUAGUCAUAGUGAUGGCAACGAAAUAUCGACAGCGUCCUCGGAUGAAAACAAAGAGUCCAUACCCACCAUGGCACACGUCGACUUUAGCUACUAA